CCGCAAAUGAUCACCUACUCCUACGACCAUCUGGUGCCACAGACUUCGCUCUCACUUCUGUUCUGGUCUUUGAAAGAAGAAACUACACGGCCGUGAAAAGGAAAGGACGACACUCCUCAGCUGAAAAGAUGGCUGAGGGCCACAAACACCACAACGACAGCUCCCAGAUGAGAGAUUUGAUGUCCUUUGAUAACAACUCUGAAAAUGAUAAACCUAAGGGAGAAAGAGCGAACAAACCUAAGGAUGGAACAGAGGAGAUACACGACCAUGGAAGAGAGAACAACAGUAAAGAGAUGGCUGAGGGGCACAAACACAACGACAGCUCCCAGAUGAGAGAUUUGUCCUUUGGUAACGACUCUGAAAAUGACAAACCUAAGCAUGGAAGUGAGGACAAACCUAUGGAUGAAAGAGGGAACAAAUGCAAAGAGAUGGCUGAGGGGCACAAACACCCCAACUAUCACUCCCAGAUGAGAGAUUUGUCCUUUGGUAACGACUCUGAAAAUGACAAACCUAAGCAUGGAAGUGAGGACAACAGCAAAGGUAGCUCACGUCAGGCCGGCUGCUCCUCCUCCUCCACCUCCUUCUCCCCUGGACCCUCCAGUACCGGGGCUGUGGGGAGGAAGAGGAAGGAGAGCCCUUCAUCACAUUGUCAGCUAGAGGAUCUGAAGCGACUUCCACAGUGCACCAGCAAGCUGGGAGAACUGUGCUUCAGCAAAACCCACACGGUCCUCAUAGAUGUGGAUGUUUUCAAAUGUGGCGCAGGACUUCUGCCCAAGGACGGGAGAGACGUGUGGGCCAGUAACUAUGUGAAAAUGCCAAAUUCACUAUCGAGUUUUAUCUUGACUGGAUUUAAGCAAUCCAAGCAGGUGUUGAGAUGGAACGUGAUCUCCAAGCAGCUGGAGGGUCUGGCCAAGAAGUCAUCAGUGAGCGUUAAUGAUGUGGAGGAAGCUAUCAUCAAAUAUAACCCGAAGUACAAGGGUCAGUGGUCCUUUGAUGCCCUCUCCAAGUUUGUUAAGUGUGUCCCGAAGGCAGAAAAUUACUUCAGCCAACUGUUUCCAAAGAUUGCAGCGUUGGCCUUGAGUCUGCCGGAUCAAGUGAAGACGGCCAUCCUACUGCUUCAGAGGGGACACACUGCAGCCAUCACUCUGUCACAAGUUCAGAUAUCCUGCCUGCUGGCUAACGCAUUUUUCUGCACGUUCCCUCAUCGCAACACCGAAGGUCCCAGAGCAGAGUACGGCAACUACCCCUCCAUUAACUUCAACAGUCUGUUUGGAAACUGGUCAGAACGGAAAAAAGAAAAGCUGAGGGCCAUCAUGCAUUACUUCAAAGUGGUUACAGAUGAGGAGACUAAACCAACAGGACUGGUGACGUUUGAGAGGCGCUUCAAAGACACAGACCCAUCCCACUGGAGACACUGUAAGGAGAAGAUGCCUAAACUGCAUGUCACGUCACGCGGCACCAUCGAGAGGGAAGGUACCGGCAUGCUGCAGGUGGAUUUUGCUAAUAAAUGGAUAGGUGGAGGUGUUCUGGGCUCUGGUCUGUUGCAAGAAGAGAUCCUGUUCCUCAUCAAUCCGGAGCUGAUUCUGUCCCGCCUCUUUACUGAGAGACUGGAUGACAACGAGUGUCUGAUCAUUACAGGCGCUCAGCAGUUCAGCCGUUACACUGGUUUUGGGGACUCCUUUGAGUGGGCCGGCCCUCAUGAUGACAUCCUCGAAAGAGAUGAGUGGCAACGGUUGAAGAGGCAGAUCUUAGCCAUCGACGCUCUGAACUUCAGAUCCAGAAGGGAGCAGUACAAUAUGAGGGCGGUCAUACGGGAACUCAACAAGGCAUACUGUGGAUUUAAGGCUCAUUGGAACGAGCCAGACAUCGCCACGGGCAAGUGGGGCUGUGGAGCCUUCAACGGAGAUCCACAACUCAAAGCUGUGAUCCAGCUGAUGGCAGCAGCAAAGGGGAAGAGAGGACUGGCCUAUUUCACCUUUGGGGAUGAAACACUGGAGCAAGCUCUGCAGCAGAUGCACCACCUGCUGGUCACAGAGGACACUACAGUUGACAAACUGUUUGGACUUCUGGAGCAAUACUGUGCUGUUCAGCAGGCGUCCAGUUCACAGGUGGAUCUGUUCAAGUUCAUCUGGGACAACCUCAAAAGCUCCAUGAGUCACCUGUGAGGACAAGUUCAAGUCCACAUCCGCAUCUAAAUUUGCACUAUAAUCUAGCAGGAAUGUUUUUUAUAAGAGGAUAAUGAAGAAUUAGUUACAGAAUCACCUGUUUUCUUUGUUUGCAUUUUUAGCUUCAUAGUUGAGCCAGAGAGAGGAGUAUGACGAACAAGAAUCAAACCAGGCCUGUUGUGUUUACAUGGUGUGUAAGGAAGUAGAUGUGGUUGUAGAAGCGGAGGGGGGCCAUCAACAUCCUAAGGCUGAAAGUAGAUGCUAAGUCCUGCUAAACUCGUCUGGUUAAGUCCUAACUUUAAGUCUCUUAUUUUUUUGAUUUAUGAAGUAUUUUAGCACUAAAUUAGCUCCUCAGUCUGAGAGAGGCCCCCGAGUGGGUCCUGCUCAGAGUCGAUCAUCUGCUGCAGGUAAUGCGUAACUUCCUGUGAGUUAAACUGAGGGCCUAUACAGUAGGAGAAACUUUUAGCCUUAGGGUGUUUUGUGAAUACGGACCCUGAUACAAAAAAAGCACUUUCUUUUUGCUCCUUUGGCUUCGUACAGAUGACAUACAGUUCUAGUAACAUCUAACCUGAGAGGCGAACCCCAGGGCAAAAUUUAUUACUGCUCGUCAAGCUUCCUGCCGGGAGUGACCUGUAAUAAUUAAAGUCAACCAAGUUAAAGUCUCUUGUCUGGAUGUUUGUGGCCGUAGAGUCAGACGACACUUUCUUAGAGAGAUUUAAGUCAGUAAAUCGGUAUGAAGGAAAAAAAAAAAGAUUCUAAAAGCACCUCAAUCAUCUGUUUUCUUUUUGUUGUUUUAAAUGAAUAUUAAAUCAAAUGAGAUCAAAUACUGUAUGAGUUGCACCAAGCUGCUGCUUUAUAAUAAGAGAUAGCCUUUUCUGCUUCAUUGAUACACUAAUAAUUGUGUAAAGACUUGUUACUGCAAAUGGAAAAACCUGUACAAACCGUUUUAAAUAAAGAACCGGAAAGAAAAACUGCAACAGGAA